AUGGCAAAAGGUAGACCUAAUAGUAAGAGAUACAAAUACCCAUUACCUAUACAUCCUAUUGAUGAUUUGCCUCAGUUGUAUCCACACAAUCCCAUUUCAUGGAUUUAUUGGACAUAUUGUUACGUUAAGAAGGUAAAUGCAUUGGAAAGGAAAAUAAAAGUAGAGUUAACAGGUAAAAAAUACGUUCAUAUAUUAGUUAAGGAUAACAAUGAUAUGCUAUAUCUAUGGGAGAAUGGGUUCUUUGGUACUGGCCAAUUUUCUCGUAGUGAACCAACAUGGUUAAACAGAGCUACAAAUAGACUGCUUCCAAAUGAUGAAGAUAAGAAGAACCAAGUGGCUUUAGAAAAAGUUACGCAGAUCAGAAGAUCACAAAGAGCUGAAUUUAAGAAAGAACGUGAAAAGAUGGAAGCCCAAUUACUUGAAUUAAGAAAACAAGGUUGCACUGCGGAGGAAGAACAAGAAUUUAUAGAGAAAGAAAGAGAAACGUUACGAGAGUUGAGAUCCAAAGAGCUUCUACUUUCGUCAAUUGACAAUGAGUUAAAAUUCAGAUAUGAAGAUAAUGAAUUAUUUGAUGAUAUGGGGAACAUAAUUCAACUUGAGUCACUAGAAUUAUUACCCGUUGAAGCUAUAUUCCUAACGUUUGCAUUGCCAGUUCUAGAAAUCGAAACAGAUCACUUAUUUAGAAGAUUAGCUGGCGAUCCGAAGAACGUAAACUAUAAAGACAUUUAUGGCUUGAUAAAGAAAUAUGUUGCGUAUCACCAUUAUCGAUCUCAUGGAUGGUGUGUCAGAUCCGGGAUAAAAUUUGGCUGCGACUACAUUUUAUAUCAAAGAGGACCACCAUUUCAUCAUGCUGAGUUCUGUGUAAUGGUAUUAGAUUCUGAAGAAAAACAUGAUUAUACAUGGUUCUCGAGCAUUGCACGUGUAGUGGGCGGUGUAAAGAAAACAUUUGUAUUAUGUUAUAUUGAAAGGUUAAUUUCAGAGCAAGACAUCUUAAAAUUAUGGCGUAACGGACAGUACCACAAAGUAUUUUCAAGUUUUAAAACCUCUGAAAUAAUUUACAAGAGAUGGAUUUCAGGAAAGAACAGAGAUUGA